AUGAAGCGGAUUAUCCGUGCUCCCACCGGUACGAUUUCAUAUGAGGACGCUAUGUUUGACCAUCUUGUUGCGGGGAGAGGCUCUUCGUCUGCUAGUGGGGUUGGGCAUGAUGUUUUGCUGCGUUACCCUCUUCGACUUUCGUUUUAUGACGAAUUUCCGGUGCACGAAAUUCGACUGGAAAUUUUGGAAAGGCUGGCCAUUUCGCGUCUUAAAUUGCUGAAGGCAAUUGAAAAUUACUAUGCCCGAAUUCAGCAUGGUGGAGUCUCUGAUGCCCAUUUUAUUUCUUCUGCCGAGGAGCGUUUGAUGCCAUUACAUUCAAAUGCUGCACAUAAGGGCUAUCCUCUUGAUGAGGAGCGCCUUAACGAUAUAACCUCGCACUUUAUUUUAAGGUCGCCGUCGUUGCUCGCUUAUUGCAGAAGGGAAGAGAGCCGUCGCUGGUUUGUCAAUCAAGAGGCAGCCAUGUUGCGCUGGAGAUUUCAGCAUUUGCUGGGCAGUGAGGAAAAAUCCAAAUUCAUUGAAAAACAUUUCCCUCAGCUGCAGUACAUUUCGGACGAUGAAAUCGCUUCUGUUACGAACAAUUUGAUGGCCACCACACCGUUGAUUGCUAGCGAUUCUUCCGAGCACCGUCAGCAGCAGUAUUACAAGGUGCCUUGGGAAAAUGUCCCUGACUUGGUUGGUCGUAGAUCUGUUUUCUUGAACAAUGGUUGGGCAUUUGUGCACCGAAGUGAGGUUCUUUCCAUCAUCAACUCUGCCUUUAAGGCUAUGCUCGAGCGUGAUCUUAUUGAGAUGUCAUCUUCGCUCCCUUUUAUUGAAAAUGACGAAAGGAUAUUUUCGCUCCUUGAUGCCAUUUCGGCCGGGUUGGAUGACACCAUUGACAGCUCUGCUGCCAUGCUUACGUCCAAGAUGGAAAGGCUCUCUGCCUCUGAUGUGGACCGGGUUGCCAUCCACUUUCCUCCAUGCAUGCUCCAAAUCAAUGGCAAGCUCAGGAAGGAAAGCCAUCUUAAGCACGGAGGACGCAUGCAAUUUGGUCUUUUUUUGAAGGUUAGUUUGAAUGCCCUUUAUUUCCAGUCCAUUGGUUUGAACCUGGAUGAUGCAAUCGUUUUUUGGAAGAAGGCUUUUUCUAAAAAAACCACCGACGAUUCGUUCCAGAAAAACUAUCUCUACAAUAUCAGGCAUAAUUAUGGCCAAGAAGGGAAAAGAACCAACUACCCUCCAUAUUCAUGUCAUAGAAUUAUUACAGGAACCUCCCCAGCGGCAGGAGAUACGCAUGGGUGUCCGUUUCGACAUCAAAGCCCAGAUUUGCUAGCUUCGUGGCUUUCACAGGCCUAUGGAAGCAGCUCGGUGUCCUCCUCCUCCGCGUUCAAGCCACUAUCCACAGAAACAUUAAAGGAAGUUAUGAGUAUUUCAACAUCCGGUCAUUAUCAGCUGGCCUGCACUCGUCUUUUGGAAUCCGUGAGAGGUGGAUCGAUUUGUUCGGCAACAGCAAAAACCGGCGCUUCAGACGGCGUCAUCACAUAUCCCAAUCAAUUCUAUGAACACAGCGUGGCAUGUUGUCGCCAAAAUUAA